ACACUAUAGGAAUAAUAAAUUAUUAAUAAUUUAAUAAAAAAACAUAAAAUUAUGAUUAAAGAAGAUAUUGCUAAAUGUCAUUUUGUACCUACAAGUUCCUUGAAAAAAGUCAUACAAUUACUUGAUAUUCCUGUUUCUUCUUAUGAUACAAGAUGUAAGCGCAAUCUUGUACAUUUACAACAAAGAAAGUCAAACUACAGUUUGGAAAUAAAAAAGAAGUCAUGGUUCCAUUUGUAUCAAAUAGCACUCCGGCGAGCUAUAUACUCACAUGAUUGGGAUCGCCUAUCAAUAUUGUUAAAGAAGUCUCCCAUUCAAGAACAUGCUUUGAGGACUGUCGAUGAUUUAGUGCUUUACGUGAGGGCGCUAACAAUACUUUUAAUGAAUCAUCCGAGUGCCAAGACUCAAUCUUUGCUAACUGAUUUCUUGCACAUGGUGCUGGCGUGCCGUUCAGGUGAAGAUAAGAAAGCAAUUUAUAAGGCCUUGCUUACACUACCAGAAAAAAUGUAUGGCAGAAGUAGUUACAAAUGAUGAUUGGAGCAAUUAAUAAAACUGAAGUUUUUAAAAUUUAUAUUGAACUUUUUAAGUUCUUUAUUUUAUGCUAAGUAAGAAAAAUAUUUCUUUAAGUUAUAAUAAUUAUUAAUGUAACAAAGUUUAACUAUGUU